UCUGCCGGUCUCGGGCGAGAGGGCGGUAUUGAUUGAUUUCAGUCGCCACUGAAACUCAUCCGACGCCAGUUUAAGACCUUGUUUCCCGUUUCGUCAGCGGUCCAAUGUCUCAAGUUUAGACGUGAAGAUGAGAUCAGCAGUGAGCUGUGCUGGACUAAUUUUCUACUUAUGUUUGAGCGCGGUGCAAUGUGAUUACGAGGAUGACAGCCUGCAAGCGGCCAUCAAUGCCGUGUCGCAGCGACGGAGGGCCAUGGCCCUGGCACAGGCUCGGGAGUAUGAGGCUGACGAACGGGGGCCUCCUAGCGAAGCCCUCGGAUACCUAGACCUCCCAUCAGGUGACGUCCGGCUGGAAGGUCCCGGCUACAACUACCAAAUGCUCCUCUCCCAAGGGCGCGGUCCCUACUCAAAAGACGACCUCGAAUCCCAGAGUGACCGGAGCAGAUCCCUCGAAGAGGCUCUUUCCGAAUACAUAAACAGCGUCUCCCCCGACGAGAUCGCCGAGAAACGCUCCGCCUUCCGGGAGCUCUCCGAGCAGCCCGAGAUCCUCCAACGACUCGGCGCCCGGAGCGACGACCCCUUCCUGACCUCCUUCCGGGAGCGCGCGAAACCGGUUUACGAAGACCGGCACCGGAGCAGCCACGAGGAGGACGAGAGGGAGUACCUGGAGGAGUACCUAGACGCCCUCAACGACGCCGUCAACACCUACCUCCAGAACACCAUCCCCCUCGAGAAGAACUACAAGGACAAACGCCAGGACUUCGACACCGGCUACGACUUCUUCAACUCGCCCCUGCCGGCGUGGAAGCGCGGUGGCAAAUACGCCUACGGCAUCAACCUCUACGACGACCAGAAGCGGCCCUUGGAGAAACCGCCCAAGAUCCCCGGGAGUCUAGGCCACCACAUAAUGCGCAAGCGGUUGUGGCGCGAUGGUUCCGUGGAUAAAGGACAUAAGCGCGUCUUGAAACGCUCUUCGAAAUUAGUCAGGAGCAAAAAGGACGCGCGCAAGCUCCACGAGAAGACUGACCCGAACGUCGCGAAGGAGCUGUCCGGGAUCUUCAUGACGCCGAAGAACAACCAAACGAAGAACAAGACGGAGGUGGAGUUGAAGGUCAAAUUAGACACCACGACGAAGCCGCCGGUGAAGCAGGAGCCCAAGAGCAAGACGAAGCAGAAGUUGGGGCAAAAGGAGGAGGCGACGAAUUCGGAGAUCCCGAAGCCGAUCGCCAUGUCCAAGAAGUCGAUCGACUGGUCGGAUUACUUCGGGAUCGACCGGAGGCGGAAGAAGUCGGUCGAUGACAACUGGCUGCUGGACCAGUAUCUCCAGGCCUACGCGCGGGAGAACCAGGGCAAGUCGGAGACCCAGGAGGAGCUGGAGAAGGCGGAGAACUACGAGAUGCUGAUGGACUCGCUCCGGGAGGCGGCCGACGCGAUCAUCGCCAAGGCGGUCAAGUACACGGGCGCGCAUGAGGGGAUCCGCAACGAGCAGGUGAUCGACAAGGUGCGGGAGCAGGUCAUGAACCAGCUGGCGCUCGCCUACGACCUGGAGAACAUCCGGCGCAUCCUGGAGGAGCACCGCGCCGAGCAGGAGCCCUACCGAGGGAUAUCUGAGGCGAAGAAAAAACGAGUGACAGUAAAGAAAGAGAAAGCCGCCGACCCAGAGGGGUAUUUCAAAGUUGACGACAAUAACAAUAAAAUAGAAAAUACCGCUCCCCCAAAACUAGUUGACUUGAACGGUGAUGAGUCGUGCGCAGAAGUUAACUCCCGGAUAAUCCUGUGCCGGAAGGUGAUCUCGUCCAAUCACAGCGCUCUCAUCAUACCCUGCGUCAUCCACUCAUUUUGUUCAACUUGUAGCAAGUGUCCUCAGUGUGAAGGAGCACCCACGGAGAGGCAGUGUGACGUCAAUUUCCUCGACCUCGCCGACAACGUUUGCGGGGAGUCACGACCUUUUUGCCGCUACUCGGCGCGACACGUGCUGCCCUCCAUGAAAAAUGCCCUAACCAGCGUCGCUCAAAAGUCGGAGCCCAGCUGCGACCUGGACGGCGUCGCCAAGCAACUCAUGGAAUGCACUCAAAACGGCACGAUGCUUUGAACUGGGAAGAUCCCGGCUCCUUCGGUCGCAGUGCUCGACCUUCACGAGAAUAUGACGUCAGACUCACGUCUCAAUGACGUCAUGUUGAAUUGAGCGCCGUGCGAGGGAAAUCGACAGCUUCUCUUACGGAGUUUUUACAGAGACCACGGGUCACUGGUUGCGUUGGUCAAAAAAUCGUACUUUGAUGUUUGAAUCCUCCACGUUAACCCAAAUGAUUAAAGAAAA